AACAGCAAGCCUAAAAAGAUAUCGAAAUCAAAACAUAAAAGGAGCAUCUGCAUUCUUCUCGCUAAGACGCACUAAUGAAAGAGCCCCUUUAAGCCUCAUUUCGAAAUAACAUUUCAGGCCAGUGAUCGUAUAUGCAGCAAUUCAAGUGAUAAAUCUUCCUAGCGAACAUGAAUGACGCAAAAGAAAAUGUUAGUUUCUCCUGCCAGAGAUGUCUGCAGCCGAUCCACAUCGACGAUUUUUUUGCGGCCCUGGGAGAGCACACGCAAGCGGAGCUAGCACUCCCCAUCAAUCCCCACGUCGAGGUAGACAUCGAAUCGCAACUGACAAGUAUGGACCAUUUUGUGCCGCCCUUCCGCUUAACGGAGUGUAGCGGAGCCGACUCGCAUGGAUUUAUGUUGCUUACCGAUGGACCGGAUCGCGAGCUUUUUGGUAACACUCUUCGCAUCAAAGCCGAGCUGUUCGAUACUCUCUCGGACAAUUCGGAGAUCGAUCAUCCGCUGUGCGACGAAUGCACCGAUACGUUGCUGGAGCUGAUGGACAAACAGCUGAAGAUGGCCGAGGACGAGUGGAACGAUUAUAAUAACUAUUUAAAGAAACUGGAAAUGACGGAUGACGUCCCCAACAUUGAUCAGCUGGAGAAGGAAUUGGUAGAUCUGAAGCGGGAGGAAGAGCGCUUGCUGCAAGAGCUAGGGGAGCUUACUAGAGAGGAGGACGCAAUCAAACUGGUUGUGAAGGAACAAGAAGCGGAAAAGCAGCGGCUUGAAAAUGAGGAAGAAAAAUAUUGGCGAGAAUACACGAAACACCGACGGGAUGUCAUCACUAUGGAGGAUGAAUUUCGCUCGUUGGAGUGCCAAAUGUCCUAUGCCCAAGCACAGCUGGAUAAGCUGAAGAAAACGAAUGUGUUCAAUGUCACUUUCCAUAUCUGGCACUCGGGACACUUCGGGACGAUCAACAAUUUUCGCCUGGGACGGUUGCCGUCAGCUCCUGUUGAUUGGUCUGAGAUAAAUGCUGCUUGGGGUCAGACCUGCUUGCUGCUGUCCGCAUUGGCGCGAAAGAUGAAUUUCACCUUCAAAAACUAUCGGUUGGUACCGUAUGGCAAUCACUCGCACAUUGAAGUACUCGCCGAUGGGAAAGAGCUUCCACUCUAUGGGAGUGGAGGAUUUCGGUUCUUCUGGGAUACCAAGUUCGAUGCGGCGAUGGUGGCAUUCCUUGAUUGCCUGCAGCAAUUCAAGGAGGAGGUUGUCAAGAUGGAUCCAGGCUUUUGCUUGCCCUAUCGAAUGGAGAAAGGCAAGAUUGAGGAUUCCGCAACGGGAAACAGUUUAAGUAUAAAAAUUCAAUUCAACUCGGAAGAACAAUGGACCAAAGCGCUGAAAUUUCUGUUGACAAAUCUCAAGUGGGGACUAACGUGGGUGUCGUCGCAGUUCACCGAUGAGAAGCAUUAGAAGCAUCCGAUGGGGUUCACGCUUUGAAUGUGAUAUUUAUGUGAAAUCUUACGAAACGACAAAUGAUAAGUUGAAAUAAAAAAAAACGCUUUAGAAAUGUCAUCCUAAAGUAACGCAAAAAUGAAAUUUGCCAGCUCCUUUGCUGAUAGAAGCAGGCAAAUAAAGAAGGAGUGGGGCCUUUAUGUCUCAGCGUUACGUAUAUCGCGGUAGAAACUCCAGGUUCGAUGCUUCUUCUGAUCGGGGGAUAUUCGAAAACAAUACGGCUCGAACAAAAAACAUUCGAAUUUAACAC